AUGGGGAAGUUUGAAAAGAAGUCCGAAAAGACAUUACAAUUGGAAAGAAAACGGAAGAAAGAGUCAUUGGUUGAUACCAUUAAAGGAGGACAACAAAACUCAAUGGCUACAGAACCAGGUCCAGAGAAAUAUUCCAACAAGGUUCCUACCACCAAACAGCAGGUCCUAGUUUCAACUAAGCAACUACAGAACAUGAAAAAGCCAUUUGAAGUGACACAGCUGGGUCCAUCCAAAUCACUUCCAGCGAAAACAGGACCAGAUAAACAACAGGGUCCAUCUAAACCACAUGCAGCCAAAACAAAACCAGAUAAACAAAGGGGUCCAUCCAAACCACGUCUAGCGAAAAAAGAACCAGAUGAACAACCAGGUCCAUCCAAACCACAUGCAGCCAAAACAGAACCAGAUAAACAACGGGGUCCAUCCAAACCAUAUCAAGCGAAAACAGAACCAGAUCAACAACCAGGUCCAUCCAAACCACGUUCAAUUAAGCCAUGUUACAUGAAACAAGCACAUGUACCCUCCUUUGUGAGACAACCCAUUGCAACGACAACCAAACCAAGUCCUGUGGCACUUCCUAAAGAGCCUUCCAUGAGUAGAACAGAUUACUUCAGGACUUAUAUGCAGAAUAGAAGGAAAAGUAGGAGAUUCACUUUCAAACAAGUGUUAGAUAAAAGGAACAAACGAAAGAAUGAUAGUUAUAAUCAAGAUAAAAAUGCACGAGGAUCAAAAGCUCUAAAGGACAAACAUCAAGAUGAACAAUACAGGCAAAAUGAAAGAGACAUUGAUGGGAAAGCUGGAAAAUUGAACAGACUUGAUGAACAAUACAGGCAAAAGGAAAGAGACAUUGAUGCAAAAGCUAGAAAAUAA